AUGGCGGAAGGCAGCAGCCACCCCCGACCCGACGGCGAUCGGAGUCUUGAAGCACUUUGGGAAAAUCACCGGCAGACCUCGAAGCAACUUGAGGAGUUGAUGACGACCUUUGGUCGAUUCGCAGAGGAAAUGCGAAAUGAGCUUCGUCAAAUAAGAGUCGCUACGGAUCCAGCAGCUCGACCGUUUGCUCCGGCAACCAUACCGGAGGUAAGGCCACCUACCAGAUUGGGUCCUAUGCAGAGGAGAGCUCCGGUGAUGAUACCGGAAUAUUCCGAUUCUGAAGAAGACGUUCUUCCCAGGCAGGAACAAUCAGAUUCAGACGGCGAAAUAUUUCUUCCACAUCCGACCGGAAGAAGAAGACACAGGCAGCAACGAAUUGAAACCGAUGGGUUCCGUAUUAAAAUGGAUAUCCCGUUUUUUGAUGGCAGGCUUCACAUUGAGGAUUAUUUAGAUUGGGAAGGUGCAGUGGAAAAUUUUUUUGACUACAUGGAGGUCAGUCCGGAGAAACAAGUCAAGUAUGUGGCUUGCCGCCUCAAGGGAGGGGCCAGUGCUUGGUGGUUGCAACUCAUACAAAAUCGGCAGCGCGAAGGUAAAGCUCCGAUCCGAAGCUGGGGAAGACUGAAACAACUCAUGAGACGGCAUUUCCUGCCUACAGAUUUUGAGCAGUUACUGUAUUUGCAAUACCAGCAAUGUAGGCAAGGUUCACGUCCAGUCCACGAGUACACGGAAGAAUUCUAUAGAUUGAGCGCCCGGAAUAAUUUGUUGGAAUCCGAAAAUCAAUUGGUGGCACGCUACAUUGGAGGCUUGAAAGAUAGCCUUCAGGACAAACUCGAACUCAAUUCCAUUUGGUCGCUCUCCCAGGCGGUGAACUUCGCACUCAAAGCAGAAAACCAGCUUCAACGGCACUAUCGACCAAUGGGUAAUCGCAGACAGCUCGCGGAGGGAAAUAUUGGCUCGUCCAAGGUUGUAACACCGGCCACCAAAUUGCCAGAGGGGCCUUCGGCACCAACCAAUGCAGCUACAGAAGUCAAGGGAGUAGCUAGAGCCCGAGCCCCUGGACGUGAAAACCCGUAUGCCAAGCCCACUGCAAUAAAAUGUUUUAGGUGUCUACAACCUGGCCACAAAUCGAACGAGUGCCCGAUGCGUCACCAGGUGCAGCUGGUAGAAGGAGAAGAAGAUGCGGAACAAUCUGGCCUUCAAGAUGAUUAUGAAGAUGAAGUAGAAGAAGUCUUAGCUGACGACGGCGAAGCUAUAUUGGGUGUCAUGGAGAAGAUGUUACUGGCACCUAGGACACCUGUCGACACACAGCGACACAAGUUAUUCCGUACCAAGUGCACUAUUAACGAUAAGGUGUGUGAAUUGGUGAUAGAUAGUGGAUGCACGGAGAAUAUCAUAUCCAAGGCGGCGGUGCAAGCCUUGCAAAUCAAAACCACCCGGAAUCCAAAUCCUUUUAAAAUAAGUUGGGUAAAAAAAGGGGUCGACUUCCUUGUCUCUGACCUAUGCAAAAUCACUUUCUCUAUUGGUAAAAGAUAUAUCUGUCAAGUUACCUGUGAUGUCCUUGAUAUGGACGUGUGUCACCUUAUCCUUGGCAGACCUUGGCAGUAUGAUGCGGGUGCCGUUCAUGAUGGCCGGGCAAAUACAUAUACCGUUGAGGUCAAAGGGAAGAAAUUGAAACUAAUGCCAGUUGGGUCCGUUCAAAGCUCCUCCCCCGUCAAUCUCACAAUGUCUUGCAUCAUAUAUAGCUGA